AUGAUUGCUAGGGGGAUUCACUGGCCUCGCUUCUACUGGGGUUCUCUGACCCUCUCUGCAAUCAACCUCUUAUUCAUUUCGUUGGCGUUCCGGCCAACGGUCGACGAGCAACUGAAGGAAAAGGCUGCUGCAGUGACCCGCCAGUACCCUCGGCCAACAACACACGCUGUAAACCAGACCCCGGAUCCCAUGGCGGCGUCAGAACCGGAAUUCGAACCUCAAUCACCUGUUUCGCCGACGCCGACGUUUGUCGCACCACAAGGCUACUAUCCCCGUGAUACCAAGAACUGCCCCGUGGGUCCAUCAGAGAAGAUUGUGACGCCGCUGGAAUUGCCAUCUCCGUCCGGCGUCACACCCCAGCUCACAUCGUCGGCAACACUGGUUGACGAUCUCGCGCCAAAGAAGACUCUGUUGCGUGCUCUAGGCAUGCCAUACCUUUGGGCGUUCGCGCUCUUUACUUGGUGCUAUAGCGGAUGUGAGACAGCGACGCAAGGCUUCAUGGUCGACUACCUUCUACAAGUCAGGAAUGCUCCUUCGUCUACAGCCGGAUAUGUAACUAGCGGGUAUUGGGCCGGACAAACAAUCUCUCGUUUCAUGUGGGGAUCCGCCAUACCUUCGAUGACAUUCACCCAUCGCAAGUAUGUCAUCCAUGUCUGCUUGUUCGUGGCUUUGGCCAUGUACCUCGUCAUCUGGCUCGUUCCGUCUGUAUUUGGAGAUGCAUUCGCAGCUUCGAUCGUCGGUCUCGUCUACGGUCCCAUGUUCCCGGGAGCCCUAGGCUUGGCUAUUGAUGUCCUACCCUGCGAUGUCACGCUUGUGUCCAUGGCCAUACUGUCAUGGUUCGCGAGCUUUGGUAGCGGUUCGUACCCUGAAUUAACAUUCGAUGAUCGCCCUCUAGGCUCUAACGAUGCUCCAAUCCCGCAGCACUUCUCCCCUUCCUGA